CACCCCCUUCAACUUUUCUUCUCCCUCUCUCUCUCUCUCUCUCUCUCUCAAAACAAAGCCAUGGAAGGCUUUAACAGAACCAAAACAGUGCUCUUUUCAACACUCUGUUUGACCCUCUUUCUCUCUGUACCACUCUGUGUCGCUUCUUCUUCUUCAUCAAUCCAUGACCUCCUUCGCUCAAAAGGGUUACCAGCUGGUCUUCUACCCAAAGAAAUCAAGUCCUACAAUCUCAACCAAGAUGGUCUCCUCGAAGUCUUCCUCGAAGGUCCAUGUUUGACCAAGUUUGAGAACAGAGUCUUCUUCGAUAGUGUUGUUAGAGCCAAUUUAAGCUAUGGGAGCUUAAUUGGCGUUGUGGGUUUGUCCCAAGAAGAGCUCUUUUUGUGGUUACCGGUGAAGGGAAUCAUCAACGAUGAUCCAAAAUCAGGCCUUAUUUUGUUUGACAUCGGAGUUGCUCACAAACAGCUCUCUUUGUCACUCUUUGAAGAUCCACCAGAUUGUAAACCAACAGGUGUGCUGAAGAAUCAUGUGAAGAAGGGAUUAGAUGUCUUGAAAUGGAAGAGAUAGAUAGAUCCCAAGCUAGAUGUUUCAACUGAAUUUAUCUUCUUCUUCUUUUUUGUCUAUGUCAUGUUUGAUCAUCAUAGUUUUGUUUUGUUUUUUUUUUUCUCUUUCUAAUUACAGUUCUCUAUAUGUAGGGGAUGGUGGUGUUAGAUGUUAGGGAUUCUUGUUGUUAAGUUCCAGGAAUCUAAUGUCCUAAUCAAGUUAGAUUUUUGUUCUAAUCUUCUAACCCUUUUAUUGCAUCAA